CAAUUAAGAUAAACUCAUAUGCAUCAUACAUAUAAGACAAAUUUAAUACCUUAUAAUUGAUAAGUAAAGCUUCCAACCAACGAAAGAAAAUGAGCUGCUUUAGUACUUAUAUAUAUAUAUAUUUUUUUUGAAAAUUAGAGGAAGCUUUCAAACACAAAUAUAAAACAUAUUUGAGUUUCAAAUAUAGAACCUCUUCUUAGAUGAGAUUCAACUCCUAACAAAUAAAUCAAAGAGAGCUGCCUAAUACUCAUAAAUUCAUUUGAUGAGUUUAGUAGGUCAACGUAACCCGCUCCGAACCUGCUGGCAUAACAUCAUCGUAAUGAUCCGACCCGAUACUUAAACCCUGCUCUGCUUCUUCGUUCACUUGGAUCCUGCUCGCUCAAAACAGAUUAACAGCAAUGGUGAGCAUCGGAUCCAUUGCUGCCAGAGUCCGCUUCUCCUACUGCUCGGCCUCCUCCCACCAUCAUUCUCCUUCUGCACAGGCGACUCUCCACCGAACCCUACGCUUCAUCACCAAAGUCCGUCUCAAAUGGGUCAAGAACCGCGGCCUCGAUCACAUUAUCGACCGCGACACCGACAUCAAAGCCGCCGCACUCCUCAUCGAUCUCAUCGCUCGCUCCCCUUCUUCCUCACCCAUCCCUGCCCGCUCCCUCUCCCAUCUCCAGAGAAACCUAGGCCUCACCGUCCCCGUCCUCCGCUUCCUCCGUCGCUACCCCACCCUUUUCAUCGAAACCCCCCAUCCCCGUUACCCAUCCCUCCCCUCUUUCUCCCUCGCGGCAGCCGCCGUCCUCCUCCGUCGCCGCGAACUCGAUCUUUACUCCGCUGACUCGUCUGCUGCCGCUUCCCGCCUCGCGCGCCUCCUCAUGAUGUCUCGUUCCCGUUCGCUUCCAUUCCGCGCGCUUGCUCCCCUCCGUUAUGAUCUUGGGCUCCCAUCCACCUUCGCCACUUCCCUUGUCCCCUCUCGCCCUGAUCUCUUCCGCAUCGUCGCCAGAGGCGACCAGCAUCGCCUCACCCUCGUCGACUGGCCGUCCGAUCUCGCUGUCUCUGCCCUCCAGCUUCGCCACGCGGACUCCAUCUCCAAUCCUUCGUAUCGAGAUUUUAAACGCGGCGCGUUUUCCUCCGCCACGCCGCUUACCUUUAAUAUGAGCUUUCCGCGUGGCUACGGGGCGCAGAAGAAGGUCAAGGCCUGGAUGGAGGAGUUUCACCGGCUGCCCUAUUUUUCCCCCUACGAAGACUGUUCUGGGAUCGACCCAGAGAGCGAGUUGAUGGAGAAGCGUACUGUUGGGGUGCUUCAUGAGAUUCUCAGCCUUAUGAUUCAUAAGAAAACGAAGAGGAAUUACAUUAGGAGCCUGAGGGAGGAGCUCGGACUGCCUGAGCGGUUUACUAGGAUUUUUACGAGGUAUCCUGGGAUUUUCUAUUUGUCCAUGAAAUGCAAGACCACAACUGUGAUGUUAAGGGAAGGGUAUCAGAGGGGAAAGCUUGUUGAUCCUCAUCCGAUCACAUUGUUGAGGGAUAAGCUGUUUUAUGUGAUGAGGACUGGAAUAUUAUACAGGGGAAAGGGCAUGACGAAGUUAGUGCUGGAUGAAGAUGAUCUGGACCGGCUAGGGAAUGAAGGCCAUGGGGAAGAGGGGUUAGAGGGAGGGAAUGAGGGGUAUGAUGAAGAUGAGGAUGAAGAGGGUGAAUGCUAUGAGGUGGAGGAUGAUGAAUCUGAAUCAGAAUCAGACUCAGAUGAGGACUAAAAUGAGCAUUUUUGUUUCCUAUUUAACUUGCUAGGAAGCUGGAUGAUUGGAAAAGGGGAAGUUCUGGCCAUAAAUGGUAUUUUUCAACAGCAUUUAUAGUCAGUGCAUGUAGUGCAGGUGAUUCUACAGUUGACUUCAUGCCUGUGAGGAUUGUCCAAAAAAUGAGGAUAAUAUUACAAUCCAAUACGAAAGGUGAUUCCUGAAGAAUUAAACAAGUAGGUUACCGUUAUGCAAAUGACACGCAUUCAUGAAAAUUCUCAUGUUCUUUCAAAAUAUGUAUGCACAUAUGCAAAGAAUUCGUAUGUAUGUGUGGAUAAAUUUCAAAAAAAAAAAAAAGGUGCACUGUUGAAAUCAAGUUGUGAACCCCUUUCAAAAAUUGAUAUUUAAUGCUCAAGCAGAUCCAUUGAAUAUGAA